AUCUUACCAAUUUAUAGUUAUUCUAUUUAUAUGGGAUUGGUAAUGGGUACAGGAGCAUGUGAAAUGGUUAGGUUGUUGUGCAGUGUUCACAUAUGGUGAGGCGCCCCUCCCGGCGCGCGGCGCUCUUUUAUUAUUCGGCAGACAGUUCCAUCCGCGCCGGACUUGCAUGUUGACGCGUGCGUACUAAACCGUUGCUCAUGAGAUAAUCUGCUUCCCAUUGCAGUUAAAAACAUUACCGUAUUUGUGAAAGUGUCUUAUUGGAAAGUUUUAUUGGAUUACGUGUACUGAUCAACACUCUGUUCAUGUUUUUCUGGAAGAGAAGAUCAUGUGAAUUAGCGGUAAGCAUGGAAGAAGACAGUACAACAAGCGCUGUCGAGGACCAAGAUCCACCUUUGGUCGAGGUUCCGACCAAUGAAGAGAGCCCCGGCCAGCCUGAGGUGUCGACCGGCAGUGAAGGGCUCCCUACCAGCGGCAGCGCUACCCUCACCAAUGAUGAGAGCGGCGUCGGUUUGGAUUCCGUAGACGAUUGCAAUAAGAAUGUGACGACAGAAUCGUUAGUAGACCACGAGCCGUGCGAAGUGAACGAUGACGCUCGUUCGUUGGGUGAUUUAGACAGCCUACCGGCUGGCGACGAGUUGGUCUUGGGCGCUGCGGGAAGUGACAGCGGUGUCGAAGGGUGUGGCCGAGCACUUAGCAGCGGCGGUGGCUCCCGGUCUUGUGCUUCCAGUGUGGUCUCAUGUGGGUCAGGCUGUGGCUCAGAGAGCUCGUCGGUCGCCGGCGCACCGCCUAGACCCCGCCGUAGAGUCAACGUUACCGUCACCGAACCCAAACGGAGUUCACCCCUUGGCGCCUCCACUCCUCGUCCAGUCACCGCACCACGCGGUCCUAACCUAGCUACCAGAGAACGUGCUAGAAGUAGAGAGAAACCGACUCCGCCCGAGAAACCGCGGCCUCUAACGCCGAAGCCGCGAAUCCGUCCCACUGGCGAACUACCCAAUCUCGUCCGCGAGAGCCCUGCUUUAAGAGCGAAACCAACCAAGACCUCAACAGCACGAUGCCGGACGCCUAAUUCCCCUAGCGAGGAGAAGAGAUGGCCUUCAAACGGACCUCGGCUGACGACCCUUACGGACUCUACCGCGACGCGUGUAGCCGCCGACAAAUAUGGAACGUUGCCGCGUAGGAGGCGUGAAAACGGCGAACCGGACGGGUCGCCCAAACACGACGUGACUCCACCGACUUCAGGCGGCCCACCAUCACGCGGUCGGUCUCCACGCGCUCCACGACCAAGGCGCGCGUGAGGAUCUACGCUGAGAAGAAUUGCCAAACUGUGCUGUUAGGGACUGAUGUGGAAUCUGCUUUAGCCGGAAUCACGCCUAAUAUUGAAUGUAGCCGUGAGAUUUCCCGGUGUCACCGCGGCGUGCAGGCGAGCGCUCGCGACUCGGAGACGACGCGGCUGGCGGCGGCGCGGCGGCGGCCGAGGCGGCGGCAGCGGAGGAGCGCGAACGCCGACUGCACGC